AUUCCGCCGCAGCCUUUGUGUGGCCGAAGGCUAGAAAUGGCUUAUUUCCUUUCUCUCUGUUUAAAGUCAAACCCAGACCCCUUCGUCCCUUUCUCCCGCCGGAACGGGGCCGGGGGAGGGUAGCGGCAGGCCCGCUCCCGGGGGCAGUGGGGCGGAAACCGGCGCGGGCUGGCGAGGCCGCCGCAGGCAUGCUGGGAGCUCGCCCGCCGUGUCCCUCCGCGCCGACGGGGACUUUUCGGUGGGGAUUUUGGGCGCCGACCAGACGCGGCAUUUUCGGAAAAUAGCGCCCUGUGCAGCGAAGCGCUCUGUGUGUGGCGGGGCCGCGUCAGCCCUGCCGGCUCCGAGGCGCCGCGGUCCCCGCACCUCCUCCCGCUGCUCCCCCGCCGCCGCUCCCGAAGCUUUUCCAGAUGUCCCUGGUAGACUUGGGGAAGAAGCUUUUAGAAGCGGCACGAGCAGGUCAAGAUGACGAAGUUCGUAUUUUGAUGGCAAAUGGAGCUCCUUUCACUACUGACUGGCUGGGAACUUCUCCACUUCAUCUGGCCGCACAGUAUGGGCAUUACUCUACCACAGAGGUACUUCUCCGAGCCGGUGUAAGUAGGGAUGCCAGGACCAAAGUGGACCGGACACCACUGCACAUGGCGGCUUCUGAGGGCCAUGCCAGCAUAGUAGAGGUUUUGCUGAAGCAUGGUGCUGACGUCAAUGCAAAGGAUAUGUUAAAGAUGACAGCUCUGCAUUGGGCAACAGAACACAAUCAUCAAGAGGUGGUGGAACUUUUAAUCAAAUAUGGUGCUGAUGUCCACACGCAGAGUAAAUUUUGUAAAACUGCAUUUGAUAUUUCAAUAGACAAUGGAAAUGAAGAUUUAGCAGAGAUAUUACAGAUUGCUAUGCAGAACCAAAUCAACACCAACCCGGAGAGUCCUGACACUGUGACAAUACACACUGCCACACCACAGUUCAUCAUUGGACCUGGAGGGGUGGUGAACCUAACAGAUGAAACAGGAGUAUCUGCUGUCCAGUUUGGGAACUCCUCAACAUCAGUAUUAGCGACAUUAGCUGCCUUAGCUGAAGCAUCUGCCCCGUUGUCCAAUUCUUCAGAAACUCCAGUAGUGGCCACAGAGGAAGUGGUUACCGCAGAAUCUGUGGAUGGUGCAAUUCAGCAAGUAGUUAGCUCGGGGGGUCAGCAAGUCAUCACGAUAGUUACAGAUGGAAUCCAGCUGGGAAACUUGCACUCCAUUCCAACCAGUGGGAUGGGUCAGCCCAUCAUUGUGACCAUGCCUGACGGACAACAAGUAUUGACAGUACCAGCAACAGACAUUGCUGAAGAAACUGUAAUCAGUGAGGAGCCACCAGCUAAGAGACAGUGUAUGGAAAUAAUUGAGAACCGGGUGGAAUCUGCAGAAAUUGAAGAGAGAGAAGCACUUCAGAAACAGCUGGACGAGGCGAACCGGGAGGCGCAGAAGUACCGACAGCAGCUGCUCAAGAAGGAGCAGGAGGCAGAGGCCUACAGGCAGAAGCUGGAGGCCAUGACGCGCCUCCAGACCAACAAGGAAGCUGUCUAGCCACCGUGACCACGCGUUUGCUUUUACCUUUUGUCCAGAAAGAAUGCAGUCUUGAACUGUACACAGUAAGGACACAGCUAUGGGAAUACCGGAUAAUAGAAAAUACUCCACAUUGAUAAUGGGACUUAAGCCAUGAGCUCUGAAUUCUUGUAAUAUAAAACUUUAGAACUUGUGAGAUGUAUUUAAAACUGAAUUCUGUAAAUAGUUUUUUGGUUGUUUCUUUUUUUACAGUUACAAAUGAGUUGAUAAAGAUUGUUGAGGAGAUCCAAAAACCACAGUAAGGCACUGUUACAGGCAAUUCUUCUUGAUUUGGGUACAGACUUCAAUUCUCAGAAACAGAAGUUUUAAGGGUGGUUGUUGUUGGUUAGACCAAAUGUGUAAUAAUUAUGGUGGACUGAUGCUGGAAAUAACUCUUUGAAGAGAUUUCUCCCAGGAACUUUUGUACAGCUUUUAAGUUGUCUCAGGUUCUCUGAAAACAUUUUUUUAGGAAGCAGAAAUUUUAUAUUUGUUCAAUUUCAGCUACAUGCAAGUAGAUUUACAUGUAUAUGAAGCAAAUAUUUUUAAAAUUUUGUUUGUACAUAUUCUGCAUGUUUUAUGAUUUUAAAAUGCAUCACUUGCUUAGAUAUGUUUCCCACAAAGACGAUGAAAGUUACCAAGAAAUAAAAAAGGCACUACUGUUGUUCUGUUGGUCACUGAAAGUAAGUAAGCUAGCAACUGGUUUUACUGGCAACCAUGACAAAGUUCUUGGAAGGAGCAGCUUGCAAGAGAACUUGAAUCUGCAAAAUCUAUGCUUUUUCGAAAAUUCCAUUGUGGGGACGUGAGACUGUAUUCUGUGCCUUCCAUCAUGAUUUCCACAUGAGCACUUUGAGGCGCUGGAUUUUAAGAUAAUGUUUUUGGCAAACUCAGUGCAUUUGGGUUUCUGAAAUAUUUCAUGGACUUAACUACUCCUCUCCCCACCCCCCACCCCCCACCCAAGAAAUUAUUCUUAUGGAAAAUUGCUUUUGUAUGUAGAACAGGAACUUUUUGUACUCAGUGAUGCUAUAGAUAUGUCUAAUGUAACUUUCACUAUUCCCUGGGAAGCUCCAGGUCUAUGUUGCAGCUUGGUCUCAUCACAAUGUUGUCCAUUCUACAGUGUGUGGACAUUUGACAGACUUCCAUUCUGUUUUGUAAAAUGUAACUUCAAGCUCUUUGUUUUUUUGUUUUAUUGCUUUAUGAAAAUGUUUAACCCCAAAACUACUCUAGAUUAUCUGUAUAAAGAACCAAUUACCUUCAAGACUGUACUCUGGCCUCUUUUUCUAUUUUACAAUUAAAUAACUUUCCACAUA